ACUCGGAGGACGGUAUUAAAAACCGGACGCUUCCGGUGGAGGGGAGCUGUGGCGGGGCUUGCUGGGAUCAUGGCGGAGAAUCAUUGCGAGCUCCUGCCGCCGGCUCGGGGCGGCCUCGGGGCGGGGCUGGGGGGCGGCCUGUGCCGCCGCUGCAGCGCGGGGCUAGGCGCCCUGGCCCAGCGCCCCGGCAGCGUGUCCAAGUGGGUCCGGCUCAACGUCGGCGGCACCUACUUCCUCACCACUCGGCAGACGCUGUGUCGGGACCCGAAAUCCUUCCUGUACCGCUUGUGCCAGGCCGACCCCGACUUGGACUCGGACAAGGAUGAAACCGGUGCCUAUUUAAUCGACAGAGACCCCACCUAUUUUGGGCCCGUGCUGAACUACCUGAGACAUGGCAAGCUGGUGAUUAACAAAGACCUCGCGGAGGAAGGAGUGUUGGAGGAAGCAGAAUUUUAUAAUAUCACCUCAUUAAUAAAACUUGUAAAGGACAAAAUUAGAGAACGAGACAGCAAAACAUCACAGGUGCCCGUGAAGCAUGUGUACCGCGUGCUUCAGUGCCAGGAGGAGGAGCUCACACAGAUGGUGUCCACCAUGUCAGACGGCUGGAAGUUUGAGCAGCUGGUCAGCAUCGGCUCCUCUUACAACUAUGGGAAUGAAGACCAAGCGGAGUUCCUCUGCGUGGUGUCCAAGGAGCUGCACAACACCCCGUACGGUACAGCCAGCGAGCCCAGCGAGAAGGCCAAGAGUGACGACGAGGACGAGGGGCACCCAGGGAGUGGCUCAGAUUAAGUGUGAAUGUCAUGAUUUUGCAAGAACGAGGUUCAAGGAUGUGAGGGGCACAGUAAUGACAGCUGAAGAAAUGAUUUACUUUUUCCCAAGAAGCAAUGAACCGCCAUGUCCAGGAAGCUUGGCUGUGAGAAGAAACCUGCUUUUGAUCAUUUUUCUAGAGAUCUGGGUGUGAAUCCUUUUUUGCCUCUGAGGUGGGUGGUGAGAGACGGCCCAGCUGUCCGAAGCCAGACGUCCCCAAGUAGGGGGAGCGCAGCGGCUGGGUGGGCGCUGCCUCUGGUGGGGGCCUCGCUCUGUUUUUUUCAAGUGCCAUGUGGGACUGAGGCAGACGCUCCCGGUCAGGUCAGCCUGCUCGAUCCUGAAGAUCGUGUGAAGGAAGCGUUCUUGGUGCUACACACAGUCUGGAAAAGCAGCCUGAGCUUCACAGGCAGGCAGCGGCCGCAGCCUCGUCGGGGUCCAGUGCGUCGUGGCCUCUGGUCUGGCUGCCAGGCCCCAGUCUCAGUCAGGGAGUCUGCUCUGCCUCCCAGGUGGGACCGCUGGUUUCUCAGCCUCGCAGAGCUCCUGACAAAGGCGGCUGCUUCGUCGUCACUGCUUCCCGGCACAUUCCGAGGCCGGGCCUCCUUCCGACACCGGCCCUGACCCUGCCCAACCAAGCCCGGGAUAGUCAAGGCUUCUCAAUUUGUAUUUUCCAGGCGAGAGAACUUUGUGCCCCUUUUCCGUGUGGAUAGACUCCCCAGUGUUUCUACUCUGGAAACGCCCACAGGGUUUGCUGCGUGGAGACGGAUCUGUUCCACCCGUUAGCGUGAGGCGGCGGUGUCGCCUCAGCCUCCCACCGCAGGCUCACGGGGAGCUGGUGCCCGUCAGUGCCUUGUAGCGCCUGGCAUAGAGGUUGGGCUGGAGGCCCGUCUGCUGGCUUCUGGAGCUGAAGGUCUGGGUCACGGUGAAAACCCGGGAUGUUUACAGAGCAUCACAAACGCCUCUCCCUGGCCGCUCUCACUUUCUUGUAACUAUGCAGCCUUCCCUCUUUCUGGGACGUUUGGGACUCCACUCGACCUGCACGGGCUCUGCCCGCCAUGACUUGGGAGCUGCUGGGAUUCCUUUAGAAACUGCUGCCCGCAUGCUUUGAAAACAGACCUUUCUCAGCUGGCUGUCGGGACCUGUCAGAGUCUGGGGACCUGGCGUGCAGGACGGGCUCCAAGCGCUUUGCUUCUGGAACUCUGGCUUCCCAAGGGGCGCUGUGCAGACCACCUGCCAGCUGCCGGCGUGCAGGUCAGAGGCGCUGACACUGUCUUGCCAGUGCUUCCGGAGACUUCCUGCCUAGGCCUCAUCCUCUUUGCCAGUCACCCGAUUAACCAGUUCUCCAGCAUUAGGACUUACCUCCUCCUUUGUAAGGUCUCUCGUAUGUUAAAUGUUUGGCUUAAACGGUUUAUAAAAGCCUUUCUAGAGGGCAGACGUAGCCACGGCCGACUCUGUCCUCCCCAGCAGAGCCCGGGAGGAAGGCGGCCAUGGGGGUCCUGGGCGUCCUCUCUGGGGGGCCGCUGGCCUCUUAGUGUGUUUCAUUUUUGACCUUGACAUAGUAGAUAGGCUUGUGGUUUUUUUAAUUUAAAGAUAUUAAGACUUAAUUCACUAAAAUUUAUUCUAAGGGGAUAUUUAUACUUUUAUACUUUUUUAGGUAUUGUAUUUUAUCAGCUUACAGUUUAAUGCCUAAGUUUCCCCUGGAAAUAGCAAAUAAAAUUGUGUAUUUAUGAA